CUGAGAAAAUUCACUGUCAAAACCAACCAACUACAAACUUGCAAAAAGAAAAGAGAAAAGCAAAAGAAAAACAACAACAAAUCAGAAAAGAACGCAAUGCGGAUCAUCAAACCCAAUUGGGUCAUCCAUCCAGAUGACAAGGGAAACCCACAGACGAUCUACUCGGCCCAUGUUCAUCCAGACGGGACAAGAUUAGCAACUGGCAGUAUUCAGAACGUCGUCAAGAUAUGGUCAACAGCCCCCAUACUCGACCCGGCCGUAGAGGAAACCGGGGAAGAAAAAGCACCCCGUCUGCUGUGUGCUAUGGAAGGGCAUGAUGGUGCCGUCCUAUGUGUCAGAUGGGCUUUUAGUGGUGCGUUUCUCGCCACUGGUAGUGAUGAUUCGAUUAUCAUGGUGUGGCUUCGAUGUCCCGGGCAGUCCAAGUCGUUUGGAUCAAAGACGGCAAAUAUUGAAGAUUGGAAAUGUUUUAAGCGAUUAGCCGGCCAUACAUCAGACGUUCAGGGCUUGGCCUGGUCUGAAGAUGACCAAUAUCUUGCAUCGGUCGGAUUAGAUAGCCUGGUACUCAUCUGGGAUUGUCUCGACUCCGCGUUCGUUCUACUCAAAAGAUUGGACCUUCAUCAGGGACACGUCAAUGGGGUUGUCUGGGAUCCCGUUGGUCAAUACCUUGCUACCCAAUCUGACGAUCGAACGGUCAAGAUCUGGAGGACGACCGAUUGGAAGUUGGAAGCUGAUAUCGAGGAGCCAUUUGUCAACUCUCCCCAUUCAUUCUUUAGGCGAUUGAGCUGGUCACCAGAUGGUACUCACAUUGUCACCCCCAACGCGAUGAAUGGACCCGUCUUUGUCAGUGCUGUGAUCGAUCGAUGCAAGUGGACUAGUAACAUCUCAUUGGUUGGUCACGAGAACGUAGUUGAAGUUGCUGCCUACAACCCCUUGUUAUUCUUGAGGGAUCGAUCCAAACCCAUCGAAGGACCCAAUCUAUCCACAGUCUUUGCCCUCGGAGCCCGCAAUUCGGUCUCAAUCUGGCAUAACUGCAGUAGCUGUCCAAUCGUCGUCUUACACGAUGUUUUUGAUCGAGACAUUCUCGAUCUCAGUUGGGCUGCUGAUGGGAUUACCUUAUAUGCCUGCUCCUCUGAAGGUCGAGUCGCCGCUUUUGUGAUUAACGAAUUAACCACACUUGCCGCGGUGGCACCUCCGGGGGCAAAGGCAAAAUAUCUCGAAACCUAUGAAUUCACGAAACCUGAUCGACGUAGCCAGAAAUCUCGUUCUUCCUCCACCCCGUUCGCCCCAAGAUAUGCAUCACCCAUGCCGCCUAUCGGGCCUUACAGGCCCGGUCGUUCCUCACCUCCCCCUUCGGCCUUGGUCCCAAAUUCUAUGCCAUCCAAUACCCUCAUCACCCAACAAGAGAUGACCAUCAUGCCGAAUGGGAAGCGGAGAAUCAAACCGGCGUUCUUGGGCACCAAUGAAUCUGCCAUUUUCCUCAGCGCCAUGCCGAAUGGCCAUGCAUCAACCCCAGUGCAGCAACCCAACUCGUCUCAAAAUUCACACACUCUAUUCCCUCAGUCUAAUCGCUUUCCACAAGCGACCCCUAGCACCUCAACACUUCUUCCAACGCGCCACGCAGUUCCAACGUAUCUCAGCGAUGACCUGAUUUCCUCCAACUCAGUAUCACGCGAGCUAGCCGAAAUCAUGCAUUGGAAUGAUUUCGGUAAAUGGGGAGAACCGAUAGCCAUGCCUACGCGAAUCCUCAAGAGGGUCCAUUGCAAUCAAACCGAAUUUCAAGUCAAUUGUGAAAACACUCAAGGAGAUAUGGAUGCUGAAUGCUCAGAAGUUGUCCUAUCAUCAAAUAAAACCGACAAAAAAGAAGAACUCUGGAAAGAACGAUUCUCAGACAAAUCAAUAACUGCUGCUUCUCUGAGUACAUCACAUGUUGCUAUUGGACUGAGUGAUAAAUCGUUGUCAGUAUAUAGUUAUGCCGGUCGCAGAGUUAUGCCUGUGAUCGUAUUGGAUUGUCCUUGCUUCAAGAUACAAUUCAGGGGAAACUUGUUGAUGUCUAUCUCGUUAAAAGGAACAGUGAUGGUUUGGGAUCUUACCAAUUUCAAGGCCAUUAGCGGACCUAGUAAAUUGAAGCAUCUGUGUGACUCAAGAGCGUUGAUUUCAUUCACAGCUCUGACCCACCAAGGGGCGCCGAUCGUGAAAGUAAGGAAAGAAAGUCUGUUCGUAUUCGAUGAAGAUCUAAAGAGUUGGACGGUCUUAUCGGGUCACACGAUGGAUGAGAUGAAAGACAAGGAUCGGUUGGAUCAUCGGCAGCUCAAGUUCCCUUCCGGUUCUCCGUUCCUGGUUGACUCGGCCUUGGUCCUGGCAGCAAACAAACCAGAUCUUUUGGGUUGUAUUGUCGAUCAUGUUAGGUUCUUGAGAGAUCAUAAUCGAUUUCAAGUCGUCGAUGAACUCUGUCAUGAAUUAUGGACAGGCUCUGGUUGGAUAAGUAAUCGGAAUAGCAAAUAUCUAUCGGCCACCCCAACCUUUAAACUUUCAAGAAUGGAACGAAUUAAACUCUUGUACCAAGUCAUCGAAGUUCUCGAUGAGAACCCAGAAUUCCGGCCGAUUUGUCAAGAAUAUUCGUUAUUACUCAAACACAAUGACACGUAGAACCACCAAUAUUCACGUACAUUUUUGUGCACAUUUGAUCUUUCCACAUUUGAGCUCUCCAUCUCUUUCUCUCCCAAUCAUGAUAUGAGGUUGGAAGGUUGCGGGAUAUAAUGAAUCCGAUUCUUGUUCAAAUUUAGGACUACUCUUGCUUUGCUACUCGCCUUCUCUCUCUCUCUCAUCAUCUUUUUCUCUUUGCUGUGUAACGCUUAGACAAACUGUUUAACCCACUUGUUGUUUCAAUGUCUUUUGGUAUCGUCAGUCAACCCCUUGUAAUAUCCAGUCAUCUUUUUGCCUAGAAAUGGCUUCCCAAAGGGCU